GGCAGGAAGGAUGGGGAUUGAUGAGAAUGUAGUGAUUCUGAUUUUAUCAUUGAUAUCACUUAUCAGUUCAGCUUCUUAUCGAUUCUCAUGGGUUCUCAAAGAUAUUCCAGUCAUACAAAUUCAUUGCAGGCUGUGUGGUGAACUGUUUGUGCAUGUUCGAGGUAUUUGACCUAUUUGUUGUGAUCAGAGUUGUGGUUGUUAUUUAAAAAGUAAUGUAUUACACAUAUUACACAGUAAUGCAGUACAUUAUUUAAUUACUCACAGAAGUAAUUUGUUAUACUACUUGUUACAUUACAUUCGUGUUACUCUGUAAAAUGUUCUGAAACAUGCUGUCAUAUAAUAAUCAGUUAAUAGUAUAAACCUAUAAGUUACAGUCACACACACCAACACAAAUCACUAUCCUAAUGACAACACACAUGUGAUCUUUGUCUUAGUAAUUUGGGCAUGAACACAAAGUAAAGAUGAAAACCAGCACACAGCGACUUCAAAGUGAUCGUCACGGUGAUUCUGCUAAAGAUGAACAGGUGUUCACAUUUUGCAGUGGAUGUACGGCUGCGAGUGGAACGAAGACACAGAAGAGGUGACUGGAUUUGAGAUACUUGGUUAUGAUGGAAGAGAUUAUGUUGCAUUUGACCUGAAGACAGAGACAUAUAUUGCUUCAGCACCUCAGGCUGUUAUAACCAAACAUAACUGGGACAGAGACAAAACUCGCAUAUUAUACAAGAAGUACUUCCUCACACAGGAGUGUGUUGACAAACUGAAGAACUUUGUGAACUCUGGGAGGAAAUCUCUGAUGAAAACAGUUCCUCCCUCAGUGUCUCUCCUCCAGAAGUCUCCCUCCUCUCCCAUCAGCUGCCACGCUACGGGAUUUUUUCCUAACGUAGCUGAGAUGUUCUGGAGGAAAGAUGGAGAGGAGCUUCAUGAGGGUGUGCACAAAGGAGAGAUCCUCCCCAACAAUGAUGAGACCUUCCAGAUGAGUGUUGAUCUGAAACUUUCAUCAGUCAAACCUGAAGACUGGGAGAG